AUGGAUCUAGAAUCAAAGACAAGAAAGACUUAUUCUGAUAAAAUCAAUCCCAGCUUCCUGGAAACAUUGAGGAAAGAAGAGGAGCAUAAACACCUUUUAGUUGAUACUCAUAGUGCAGCAAUGGACCUACAUAAACAACUGGAGAAUACUGAAAAGAACUGGACUAAAGAGAAGAUGGAACUGCUGGAGAGAUUUGACAGUGAAAGGAAGGAGUGGGAAAGUCAGUGGAAGGUCAUGCAGAAGAAAAUAGAAGAGCUUUACCAGGAGGUAAAACUAAGGCGGGAGAGCAAUAUGAAUGUCCGGGAUAAUAAGGCCAUUCAAAGCAAGAUGCUGCAGCUAUCUGUAUAUUCCCCUACUUCAGAAGGGAGUGACACAGCAGAACUGAACUGUCGACAUAACUUGGCAAGUGACCGGAUGGAAGAAAAGAGUUUGCUCAGUAAAACAGAACAAGAAUGUAAAGAAACUAGAACUCAGGGGAAAAACAAUGUUUUGUUAAGGAACAGUCUGGCCUUUGACAACCAGGAGAAAUAUGAAGACCUCCUCAGCUUGAAAAUUCCUAAGAAAGAUACCAGUAGUUAUGCUGGUGAUCUCAAUGCAGCUCUUAAAGAACUGGCAAAAGUUAGUGAAGAGUUAUGCAGCUAUCAAGAGGAAAUUCGAAAGAAGCCCAACCACAGAAGAAUGAAGUCACUUCCUUUUCUGGAAGAAUUUGAAGAAACCCAAAACACAGUUAUUAUGCCUGAGAUGAACUGCAUGUCCAGCAAUGAACCACAAACUUCUUCCAUCACUUUUGAAACAGAAGGACAAAAUAACAGGAAGAACUUGAUGAGUGCCAACAGGGGUUUGAAAGAUAUGCCUUGUAGCUCUUUUACUGGUGGUAGAGGAAGAGACUUCAUGCCCUGGCCAAAAAAAGAAGCCCCACCAGUUCCUCCACGGAGCACUUCUCGACAUCUGACAAGCUCACUUUCUGCAGCUGUACAGAUCUCUGAAGUACCCGUAAAAGAUACAGACAGCAGAAGCAACUGUAAGGUUCAGGAGGAUAGGAAUGGAAGGAAAUGUAUUAAUCCUUCUCUUGCAAAACAGAGUGAAGAUCCAGUGGCACAUGCAAAUGAAGGAAAGUCUGUGAAAGAUGGUGCAGUGGUAACUGCUUCAGUACCUAUAGCCAAAAAAGAGAGAGUCUCUGAGUGCAGUGUAGCGGCAGGUUUUUGUCACAACACAUGGUCAUGUGAUGUGGGCAAGCUUGGAAAAGGUACUCCGAAUGGAUCUUCCCCGUUGUCUGCCCAGAAAAGCUGUUCAGAUGGAAAUAUGGUGCAAACAGAGAAUUUGCACAGAAGACAUUGCCCUAAAUCUCAUAAUGUUUUACAUUAUGGUAAUGACUCCUGUGACCCUGCAAUGCUGCCAAAGAAGACCCCAAAAAAUGAAACGUUGGCAGCAAAGAUCGAUGAAUUUAACAGGACUGUAUUUCAUACAGAUAAAUGCAACAAAUCUUUGCAAGAAAAUCAGAAGCUUCAAAGACCAACUGGAGAUCAUAAACACUGUGGCCCAGGGUGUGACUGGAUGAUUAACAGAACAGAAACUGUAAAUGCAUCUUAUGUUUCAAAUCCCAGACUCUCUGCAGCAAAGAAACAGGAUCCCUGCAAUCCAACCAAAGCUGCCAGAACAACAGGGCAACAAAAGCAAAUAAAUGGACUUCUAAGCACCAGUGGCUACCGGCAUAUGCUUCACGAGCGUGAUUGGAGACCAAUUAAUUUAUCUGGUCGCCCACGUUCAGCUGACUCGAGGUCAAACUAUGGAGUUGUUGAAAAACUUUUGAAAAACUAUGAAAAAUCAACAGUGACAUCUUUAUAUAAUUCUAAAUGCUGCAAAGAUAAGGGGACACAGUCAGAUUCUGAGUUCACAGAUGGGAGUUGUGAGACAUUGAGUGGGUAUUUAGAAAUGCUCCAGACAGAGCAAGGAAAGCAAGCGUUUCAGAGGAAUUCAGCCAGGCGUGUUGGGCAGCAAGUCAAACAAGGCAAAGAGAGACAGAAGUUACCAGAGGGGAUGAAGAAGACAACCGAGGAAGUAAAUGGCCAGCAAGUUUUCUUCUUGAAAGAGGGGUCUCCUCCAGGCUUGGUUGAAAAUGCUGGUGAGAACUUUGGGUGA